AAGUGUUGUUCGAAGAGUACACUCGUCAAUUUGUUGCAUCGACGAAAAGCGGACGCGGCGUUUUUAUGUGAUUUUGUUUCAUUCGAGUUGUGCAUUGACGAUAAAUAGUUAAAAUAUAAAAAUGUAUUUCGGACGAAGGAAUACAAAAAGCUUGGUCAUCGGCAGCGCAGUGCUAUUGGUGUUGUAUGUUUUGUGCGCGAAUCGGCCGAGGAAAUUCGAAAUUGAUACGAUGAUCUAUAAUGUUAAGCCGGUGGAGGUGUGGGAAUAUAUGUCAGAUUUCAGCAAAAUACGCACGUUGAACCCGUCAGUUUUAAGCUUCAAAAUUAUCGGCGAUAGUGGACACGCUCAUGAUUGGCGUUAUACCGUUGAAUACUAUGAGCGUACAUCGCAUUGGCCGCAUUUUUUUAGUAAAGCGACAGCAGAUUAUAUUGUUAAGAAGACUAUGCCGGGAGAGAAAGACCCAACGUAUACGAUUGAGUCAAGGCAUACAACAUGCUUCUUCAAAGGCAUCUAUUGUGUGAUAUCCACAAGCGAAUUUAAGUGUCGUGCUAAGGGCCGUGACACCUACUGCGAGGAAGACAUAGUAUAUCAGUGCCCGCCAUUCUUGGGCAUCAUCUGCCGUCGUGAGUUGGAAAAUCAGCGCAAAACAGUUAUGGAAAAUUUAACUGCGAUCUUCAGUAAUUCAGGAUAAUAUUCAUACCAACGCAUUUCAAUUCAUUUAUGUACUUCAUUUAUUUCAAUCAAUUUAAUUAUUUCUUCUCUUUUUUUUGGCCUAAUGUUUUAAUUUUUUAACAUUGAUGUUAUUUUACACUGUCGUGUGUAAAUAUAUAUGUAUGUGUUUGUAUAAUAUUAUUUAACACUAGAACAAAACUAAUGUAAACGUAUUUAGUUUUUUUCUUUUUGUAUAUGUAAAUAUGUAUGUAAAAUUUCCAAUUGCUUUCAUAUGUAAUAGAAUACGAGGGAUACAUUCAUUGGCGUUCAAUGGCCGAUGCGAUAAAGUUGUACUCAGCAGUUUUAUGUGUGGGGUACAGACAUUUCGCAUAGCUUACACUAAAAAUGUCUAUACUUUGAACUAAUUCUUGUGUUGUUUUUUGUGCGUACGUACAAUAUUUAAUUAGUUUACUAAAUAUGUAAGUAAUUUAAAAAACAACUGUGUAUGUGUAAUUGUGUUAAAAUUGAAUACAGAUACAUUAAAACUGUCUAAAAUAUACUGUCUAUAAUUCUAUAAUUAAA